UGCAGUGUUUAAAAAGCCUCAGAUGUAAAUAUACAGAAUCAUGAUGUGUAGGACUUUAAACUUUACAUACAAACAGACAUAUUUCUGUUCAGUGUCCAGUGAGUACAUAAUCAAAGUCCACUUCUGUGAAGUGAAGCGACGUCUCAACGGCAUGUCUUGUCCCGUCAGCAUGGAGCUGUCUCCUCCUCCCCCCGGCCUAGAGGCAGAGUAUGCCACACUUUUCACCCCCGACUCCCUCCACUUCCUGCAUGAGCUGAUCUCCACGUUCAACGAGGAGGUGGAUCAGAUCCUCAGGUUGAGAGUUUCCAGAAAGGCCCAUUUGGAUCUUUCUGGUGACUUGCCAAACUUCCUGGAAAGCACCUCACCUAUCAGGAGAGACCCAGCCUGGAAGGUUCUCCCCGUGCCCCGGAGGCUCCAGAAGAGACAUGUGGAUGUUGGGGAUCUUGCCCCCUGCGAUACUCAGCGCUUUAUUAAAGCUCUCCAGUCACCAGCACAAGGCAUACAGGUAGACUUUGAUGACGGAAACUGCCCAACAUAUUACAACCAGAUACACAGCAUUCACAAUGUUGUUAAGGCAGUGUACAGCCGGUUCCAUGAUGUUCCACACAUAUCUCAGGCUCCCGUUCUGAUGCUGCGUCCUCGUGCCUGGAACAUGAUGGAGCACAACAUGAUGGUGGAGGGAAAGGAGACUCCUGGUCCUCUCUUUGACUUUGGACUUCUCAUGUUUCACUGUGGAAAGAAGCUGUUUGAACACGAGAGUGGACCUUUUUUCUACCUGUCAAAAGUGGAGAGCUUCAUGGAGGCCAGACUAUGGAACAAGAUAUUCGUGUGGACACAGCAGAAGCUGGGUCUUCCGCUGGGCAGCAUCAAGGCGACGGUGCUGAUUGAAAAUGUGUUAGCAGCGUUUGAGAUGGAGGAGAUUCUGUAUGAGCUGCAGGACCAUUCAGCAGGACUCAACUGUGGCAUCUGGGAUUACUCAGCCUCCUUUGUCCAUAAGUUUGGUCACCGUCAGGCUUUCCUGCUGCCCGACCGCAGUAAAUAUGUCAACAUGGAGAAGCGUUUUCUGCGCAGCUACAUGGACCUGUUGGUUCAGACGUGUCAUCGGCGGGGAGCACUGGCCACGGGAGGCAUGGCUGCUUUGCUGCUGCCUCAGGACCCACUCAGUGACUCCCACCAGAGAGUGCUGGCUUCUGUCACAAGACUGAAGUUGUUGGAGAUCAGUGCAGGCGUGGAUGGCUUCAUGGUUUAUGAUCUGAACCUGAUUGAGCCCAUGCAACAGCUCUUCAAGCUCCACACCGAUGGAGACAACCAGCUUCACCAGCUUCGACCUGACCUCACAGUGACUCCUGAUGACCUGCUGUCCAUGCCUUCGGGAGGAGUCACUCUUUAUGGUUUGAGGCACAACAUUGCAGUUGGUGUCCUGUUUAUUAAUGCCUGGCUGUCAGGUAAAGGCCACUUCUUCUACAGAGGACAGGUUGAAGAUUCAGCCACAGCUGAGAUUUCCAGAUCACAGGUGUGGCAGUGGAUCCAUCAUCAGACUCAGCUGGAGGAUGAUAGUCGAGUGGUGAGCAGGCGGCUGGUGGUUGACCUCACCAAACAGCUCAUGAUGGAGCUCAGUGCUGUCAGUCACUCUGUCAGGACUAAACAGAGGCUACACACAGCAGCAGACAUGUUCCUGGAGGUGGUCCUUAAGAGACACUUCCCAGAGUUCAUCACCACCUACUUGAACCAGGACCACACCUUCCUCAGCUCUCAGAACGCUGGACAGGUCCAGACUCUGGACUCAGACAUAGAGCGACCCAAACUGUGAAGGUCCUGCUGGUCAACCUCCCGUUCUCUGCCGAACACUUCAAAACCACAGUGGAUAUUAAUAAUUAUUCACAUUUUUUGAACUCAGUCACUUACAAGACACGUGUAGAGAUACAGUCACUGGUAAAAAAAAAAAAUUAAAAACAUCAAGAAAUAAAAAUAAGCAAGAAAUUGUAGAUUUUUAAAAAAAUCAUGUUUGGAAAUGCAAACAUUUGAUUCUAUUUGAAACAGUGUCUACAGAUAAAGGUGAUAUACUGGAACAGCACCACGUGGAAAAUGAAGUCAUCAAGUUUUCCAUCAUUUAUAUAAUAUUAUCAAUAGAUGUAAUGGUCUUCUGAGGGAAAAAGUAAGUACACCCCUGGCCUCAAAAGGUUGUAUUACCUUCUUUAGAAGCAAAUCUCUUGUUGCUAUUUUGCAGAAUUGUCCACCAGUCUCUGACAUCAGCUUCAUGAACAUCUGGACUGCUUUUUCUGUAGAGUUCCUUCAUUCACAAGUUAUUUAAGAGUUUCAUUACAUGUUUUGCCCUUUUCAAAUCCUCUUACAACACUUCAAUGGUAUUUAAAUCAGGGCUUGGACUAGACAAUCCCACAACCCUCCAUUGUCUUCUUUCUGAACCAUUCCUUGGUGAAUUUGUUGCAUGCUGAAGACCUACAUAGUUGAACCAACGGCUGACCGCUUCCCAGUCCUGAUGGUAGUGAAGCGACCCUAAGCCAUAAGGUUUGAAGCCCCAUGCCUCAUCGUUGGUCUGAAGUUCUUUGGUUCUUUGGUUUGCAGUCAACGUAUCUACUGUGAUUGUGGCAAAAUAAUCCUUGUUUGAUACAUCUGAGUAGAGCGCAUCAUUCCAAAAGACAGAUCCUGUAAUGACAUUUUGAGGGUUCUUGCUCCAUGCUCUGUGGCAGAAUUUGCUGGGCAGCCAGUCCUGGACAAACUGAUAGUAAGACAUAGUGGUAUUAGUUUAUACUAAUGUAUAUACAUACUGGUUUAAAAUAUACACACUGGUGUUAGUAUAAGCAUAGUGGAAUUAGUAUAAACAUAGUGGUAUUGGUGUAUACAUAGUGGUGUUAGUAUACACACUACCGGUCAAAAGUUUGGACACAUCUUCUCAAUGAUUUUUCUUUAUUUUCAUGACUAUUUACAUUGUAGAUUCUCACUGAAGGCAUCAAAACUAUGAAUGAACACAUAUGGAAUUAUGCAGUGAACACAAAAGUGUGUAAUAAGUCAAAACAUGUUUUAUAUUUUAGAUUCUUCGUAAUAGCCACAGCUUUGAUUACUGCUUUGCAAACACUUGAAAUUCUCUCAGUGAGCUUCAUGAGGUAGAACCUAAAAUGGUUUUCACUUCGCAGGUGUGUCUUGUCAAGGUCAGUUUGUGGAAUUUCUUGCCUUCUUUAUGGGGUUUGGACCAUCAGUUGUGUUGUGCAGAAGUCAGGUUGAUAUACAGUUGACAGCCCGAUAUGACAACUGUUAGAAUCCAUCUACUGGCAAGAACCAAUCAGCUAAGUAAAGAGAAACGACAGUCCAUCAUUAUUUUCAGAACUGAAGGUCAGUCAGCUGGGAAAAUUGCAAAAACUUGUAUCCCCAAGUGCAUUUUGAACUUAUUUUACAUCUUCUCCAUAUAAUUAUUACAAUACAUGAUUACAAACCUGAGUAUUUUGGAGUGAUUGAAUAAGUCAGUCUGUGUGGUGAACGCGGCCACAAUAGUUUGGAAAGUCAUGUUUGAUUUUUCUUUCCAAAAAAAAGUAGGGAAAAACAGAAAAAUGCUAAGUACAGUACUUUUUAAAGUGUCACAGAAUUCUUCCAGUUGUGUUGUCAUAAUUUCAAUAUGUGGUUCUUUGAAGACAUUAAAAACUGGCAUUAACUUA